AUGGCCGCCCGACUCCCCCCCGGACGACCCGGCAACCUCACCCCCGACCAAGAAGCGAAGCUCAAAGAGAUGUGGUCGCAAACCCUCGACAUCUUCGGUGUAGGCAGAGGCACAUCGGAAGCAGCCAACGGCGCCGCAACACCCUCCUCCGAAGCUUCCUCCUCAGACAAGAAGAAGAAAGGCCGGUUAUCCCUCUUCGGCAAGAAGAAGGGCGGCGAAGGCGACACAACCAACGAUACAGCGGACAACGACAAGCACGGCCAAACGCGGGAGUUCCAACAAGCCCUCGCCUCUCAAACCCCCGAACAGCUCCGCGACGCCUUUUGGAGUAUGGUGAAACACGACCACCCGGACGCACUCCUCCUCCGCUUCCUGCGCGCGCGCAAAUGGGACGUCCAUGCCGCGCUGAUCAUGCUGGUCAGCACGAUGCACUGGCGCAGUCAAGAAAUCAGCGUAGACGACGACAUCAUGGCCAAAGGCGAGCUGCACGCGCUACAGCAGGAGACCACAUCGUCAAGUGCGGCGGAGAAGAAAGAGGGCGCCGACUUCAUGGCCCAACUCCGCAUGGGCAAAUCCUUCCUCCACGGCACCGACAAGGACGGCCGACCGUGCUGCUACGUCCGCGUGCGACUCCACCGGCAAGGCGAGCAGAGCGAGAAGAGUUUGGAACGCUUCACCGUCUACACCAUCGAGACCGCCCGCAUGCUCCUGCGCCCGCCGAUCGAUACGGCGACCAUUGUGUUCGACAUGACCGACUUCAGCAUGGCGAACAUGGACUACACGCCCGUCAAAUUCAUGAUCAAAUGCUUCGAGGCGAACUACCCGGAAUCCCUCGGCUCGGUGCUGGUGUACAAGGCGCCGUGGAUCUUUCAGGGGAUUUGGAAGAUCAUCAAGGGUUGGCUGGAUCCGGUCGUGGCCUCCAAGGUCCACUUUGCCUCCAAUGUGGAGGAACUCACACAGUGGAUCCCGCGGAAGCAGAUCCCGAAGGAAAACGGCGGGGACGAGGAGUGGAGGUACGAGUACGUCGAACCCAAAGAGGGCGAGAACAGGCAGAUGGAUGAUGCGGAGGCGAGGGGGAAGCUGGUGCAGGAGCGGAUGGGGAUGGUGAGGGGGUAUGAGGCGGAUACGUUGGCGUGGGUGGAGGGCAAGGGGAGUGCAGGGGAGGAGCGGAGGGCGUUGGCGGGCCGGUUGGCGGAGAAUUAUUGGCGGCUGGAUCCGUUUGUGCGCGCGAGGAGUCUGUAUGAUCGCGUUGGGGUGAUUGGGGAGGGGGGGAGGUUGGAGUUCUAUCCUAGUCAUGCAUAA